AUGGAGAAGCCCACUUCGGCCACAGAGUAUCACAUCGAGGCGUCGACCUCCGCUUUCGACAACGAUAAUAGCGAAAAACCAACCAACCGCCAAAGAAAGCAAGUCAACGUUCAGUCUGUUGCGCUCGCGGAUGCUAUAGCCAAGGAUCAACCUAAUUACAAGUCAUUGAGCCAGCUCAAACUGUAUGCCAUGAUGGCACUCUGCGUUCUGAACGGCGUGAUGAACGGCUAUGAUGGAUCAGUUAUGAGCGCCAUCAACGCCAUGGACCCUUUCCAGGACCGCUUCAAGAUCGGCACGACCGGCGAGUUGAACGGUGCUGUGUUUUCCAUUUACACCGUCGGCAACAUUGUCGGCAGUUUGGCUUGCGGUUACUUCAUGGACCGAUGGGGCCGUCGUGCCUGCAUGUUCUCCGGUGCCUCUUCAAUCAUCAUCGGGUCCGUCCUUCAGGCCAGCAGCUAUCAGCUUCCCCAGUUUUUUGUUGGUCGCUUUGUCGUCGGUGUUGGAACUCCCAUGUGCGCAACUUCUGCACCCGUGUUUCUUGUCGAGAUGGCCUACCCUACCUGGCGAGGACUGGCUGGUGGGCUAUACAAUGUUCUUGGUUGGUAUAUCGGCGCGAAUGUCGCUGCAUGGACCUGUUACGGCACCAAUUUCAUUCCUAAUGAUUGGGCGUGGCGCAUCCCCUACAUUGUGCAGCUCACUCCAGCCACCAUUGUCGUUUCCGUAGUCUGGUUUCUCCCAGAGAGCCCUCGCUGGCUCUGGUCGCAGGGGCAGAAAGAGAGAGCAACAGCCAUCUUAACUAAGUACCACGGCAAUGGUAACCCUCAUUCGGCUCUCGUUAAACUAGAGCUUGAUGAAAUCCAGGACUCUCUAGCGGCAGAGCUUGAACUAAAGAAUGGCCAUUGGAACUACAAGGCCCUCGUCGAUAACAGACCUAAUCUGUAUCGGAUGUGGCUUAUCAUGCUCGUAGCCGUGAUGGCUAUGUUCAUCGGUGGCAGCGUCAUUUCUUACUAUGUAUUGUUUAUGGUUAAGGGUGUCGGUAUCACUGACUCGAGCCGUCAGCUGCUCAUUAACGGACUCAAUACGGUCACAUCCUUCAUCGCCGGUAUCUUUGGGUCGUUCUUUGUCGACAAAGUUGGCCGACGUCCUCUAUUCCUAUGGGGCACUCUACUUACCGGCUUGGUAUACGUACCAAUCAACGUGCUGGCGGCGAGGGCCGAGCAGUUCGAUAAGAAUGGAGGCACUAUACCUACAGCGCAGUCAUAUGCGUUUAUUGCCAUGGUAUUCAUGUACGGUAUCUUCUGGUCCUUUUGCUGGACCCCACUACAGGCUUUGUAUCCGGCCGAGAUUCUUAACAACGGCUUUAUCUCUGGCGUUGCCAGCUUCAUCAACACCUACGGAACUUCUGUCGCCCUCAAGCACAUCGGCUGGAAGACAUACACCAUCUUUCUGGUUCUGCACUUUGUUCAUCUCGGCUUGAUGUACAUGUACUGUGUGGAGACGAAGGAGCGGACCUUGGAAGAGCUCGAAGAGAUUUUCAACGAUCCCAAGCCGGUCAAGAGAAGCUUGCAAAAGACUUGGGUUGUCAUUGACGACGGUCUGGGAGUAAAGAUCAAGGACGCUACUUGA